UGUGCAUUACGUGUAGAUGUGUAGAUAAUAAAACAGAAGCAGUUUUUAAAGAUUAUUCACAAAAAUGAAGACUGUUUUAUAUUUAAGUUGUUUGAUAUCAUUAGUUUUUGUACAUAGUGAAGUUAUCAACCCUCAAUCCAAAAAUUACACCAUUAUAGAUUAUGCAAGUUCGUACUCGAUUCCUGUUUGGUAUGUAUAUAGCAGCAAAGUAUCGUUUACAUCAAGUAUCUUAUAUCAAAAAGGGCAAAAACAACACGAAGACAUGAUUUAUUGUACAAAAUUCAAUACCAGCCAAUUGUGUUCCUGCCUAAAAACUUAUUUAGGUAAUCCUGAUACUGCCCAUUUUCGUAAACCUGUCCAAGACAAGCAAGUAGCUGUAGUAGAUAUGGCUCAAUCUGUAAUACGUUUAAACAGUGGAACAGUUUGUAACUAUCAUAAAGGAAAAUGCCAAGACCCAAAAAUUAACAGUUCUGUUGGUGUUUGCUGGGAAUAUAAAAAACAUAAAAUUCACACACAGCGAUAUAUGGUAGAGGAAUAUAACAUUAAUUCAAAUACAUUUCUAGUUUUUGAUUACGAAGGAACUAGAACUACAUUGCAACUAUUAUAUUUUAACAAAAAUAGCUCACUAAUAUGGUGUACUAAUCGACUUGAUAUGGUGGUUUUUAAAGGAUCUUAUGAGGAUUUCGAAAAUUACAGUAUAGCAAAUACGUCACGUAGAAAUUUUAAAUGUUUUCCAAAAAAAUUGGUUUCAAAUGAUCGAAACACAGAAAGUAAAUCUGAAAAUAAUAAUAUUGAUACUGGUACUAUGUAUGAAAGAAUUAAUUCUCAAAAGUUCCAACAAUUAUCUGAAAGUUUUUGGGUCAUUAAGUUUGUAUGCGUGCCUGUUAUUGUAGCUUUGAUAUUAUUGCACAUGAUUCUGUCCUGUCUGCAGUUCAAGACUUUAAACGAGUUAAAGAAUGGCAAUAAUGUUAAACAGGCGAAGAUUUCUGAAAACUCUAACAGAAAAGUAAAUAAAAAUCAAACUAAUACAAAGGAAGCCUACUACGAAAGUGUUGACUAUGAUGCCAUAAACCGAACAAAGAAGUGAAGACUCCAUCUGUAAGAAUUGUUGAUUUUAAGAAUGAAGAGAAUGAGUUAUACAAAGAACAUUAAUCUAGAUUCUGGAUAGUUGUACGUUAAUAAAUUGAUAUCUACAAAUUGAUGGUGCCUCAGUGGCAUUAGACUGCAGAUCGAGAGGCCCCCAGUUGGAACCCGGCUGUUGCGUAUCUUUUUUUAAUAAAUAAUUAAAAGUUUAUAUAAUUAAAAUUAUAUACAUAUACCAUUUUAAACAACCGUGGUAUUAUAAAAAAUACUAUUUUAUACUAGUGUAAUUUUUGGAAUCGUAAUUAUAAAUAACAGUUAAUACACCUACUAAAAAUUCAUAUUUUAUAAGUUAAUUAUUCUUUCCAAACAUGUUGUGUCCUAUAUAUGUACAUAUACAAUAGCAAAACCGUGAUAUUAUAGAAAGUACUUUUUAUUAGAGUGUAAUUUUUGGUUUUUUAAGCAUUUUAUCGUUAAAUCAUUUAUCGUUAAAUUAUUUUAUAUAUUCUUUCCUAUAAAUAAUAAAAAGGUGUUAUUAUAAAAAAGUUCAUUUUUAUAAAAGUGUAAUUAUUUCUUUUCAAAAGUCUUCUCGAAUAUUAUAAUCGGAAGGAGCCAAAUCUGCCAAAUAAGGAGGAUGUUCUGAUUGUGAUUAUUCAUACUUUAAUUUCCAUUUGUCAGUCAUUUUGAGGGGAGAUUGAUUGUAGGUUAAAGAUGCCGUCUUUAUUCUUUUCCCUUUUUCUAAACUAGUUAAAACAUUGGAUAUAUUAAUAUUUAAAAGAUAAGUUAAAAUUAGAUUUGAAGAACUCUGCCUUUGUACAUUUUUUGUAAACAUUAAAGCGAUUAUUUCAUUCAUAGGAGAUUCUGACCAAUAGAAAGCUACAGAAAUCUGAAUUAAAUCGAUAAUUUUUGAUAAUCUCCCGUCGUUAAGUAUAUUAGGUCAGAUGCCCUUCGUUGCUACAAAAAAAUACGUUCAGUGACAUUAAUGAUAAUUAAUGUUUUAAAAAUUAUAAAAGUGAUGACUUUCAAUCGUCAAAUAUUUAUAAAAACUGUGUGUUUAAUGGUACUUACAUAAAUAAAUUACAAUAAAAUUUUGGUUUUGAACAGUUUUAUUCAUGAAAUAAUCGCAAAAAAUUGCACUCGACCUCUGAAAUUAAUAUAGAAUUUUUGCUCUCGUGACACUUUGGCAUAAUUUCACUCGCCUUCGGCUCGUGAAAUUAAAACUGUCAAAGUGUCACUCGGGAAAAAUUCAAUAAUUUCA